UCAGCGGGAAAGUGAAAGCAAACCAGGCAGGAGCAGGAUGACGCACAAGCAAGGCUAAGGAAGUGUUAGCUUCACUUCAACUGCUGAGAAACAUAAACCGACACAGAGAGAAAAAACUAAACAAAAGACAAAGCAUUGCGAGCUGUAGCUUUUUCCCACGACGAGCUCACAGGAUCAGAGACUUCCCUGGGACUCUCUCACUUCCUAGACUGCUACCCAUCCUUUCCCUGUUUUCCAAUAUGAACCCUCCUGGAGCAUGCUGGGAUAGAUGCAGCGAUGAAGAUGACCUGCCUCAGAUGGACGGCACGUGUGAUGCGUGUGAACCAGAUGAACCACAGCCCGCUGCGCAAAUGUGUGUGAUUUGCCGCUUCGCCUUCUGCGUUGUCCACGCCGAAAAACACACACGCAGCACGAGACAUCCCAUUCAGCCCUACAACCCCUCAGAGCCUAGACUAAAUGUCAACGGCCACAUCAACGCUCAACCCGAGGCAAAUGAAGACCAGCUGGAGGAGGCCGAGGGUGCUGGAGGUGGAGGUGAAAGGAUGGAGGAGCAGGACGUGGAGCAGAGUGGGUGUGAAUCAGGAAAGAGAGACACUGUGACAGUAGAAAGACUGAGAUGUAAGGAACACGGACAGGAGGGUUCAUUGUACUGCAAACAGGAUGAAAAGAUUGUGUGUGUCCUGUGUGCUGUGCAGGGAGAGCACCGAGGACACGAGAUCAUAACACUCCGGGAAGCCUACAUGUGGCAGAAGGGUAAAGAGGGCGUUGACCUGCUAGCGUGCACUCAAGAAAUGUCUGAGAAGAUCAAGAACAAGUGGACUAGUCCAGAUAUGAGUCCUGAGGAGCUGGAGCGCUACGUGAACCAGCAGUUUGACGAGUUACAGAAGCUGGUGCGCCUAGAGGAGUGGCGUGUGCUUCACCUGGUAGACUUAAAGGAAGCCUUUUUGACAGCACAGGCUGCGGAGAAGAUUGCCGAGAUCAGCGUCCACACCGAGAAACUCCAGGAGGAGAUGGACUCCAUCACACAGCAGCUGGGUGAGCUCGACCAGGCUGAGGAAAAUGGCGUAGCCCCAGCCGCCCUGGCACCUCUGUUGGCUGUUGGACAACCCCGGCCACCUGGUGCUGCUGCUCUGGAACCCAUGCCUCUGAUGGACCCAGAAGCCAGACCAAGGCCACCUGUUCAUCCGCGAGACCCUCAGGAUCCUCGGGACUACGGAGAUGGAGAAGACUUUUCCAUGGGCCAUGCUCCAUAACAGCAUCAGUAGCACUAACAUCUGCUCUCAUUUGCCUUAUUCUUAUAAACUGGAACAUUGGAACGUCUGUCUUUCUUGCUACUGAAACUACCUUCCAGUAUCGACUUUCUGCUGGGAUUGUUGUCUUUCUCUGUCCAACCUUUGCAGCUCGUCUUCUCCUGAGGAAGCAGACAAAUUGAAUGGAGUUAAAUGCAGUUGAAGUCAACAUUAGUCAGAUGCCUAGCUGAGGAUUUGCAGCUGAAAGACAGGAAUGUAAACCUAAUGCAAUUUGCUUUUGUAUAUUUUGUUAUUGUGAUUUGUGAUUAUAGUGCUGGAUUUGUGGGAUAUAAAAAAAAUUGUAUAGCAGUUUAUACUUAUUUGCAUUAAUUAUGGAACAAUUGCAAUUAAUUGUUUGUUAAGGUUUCCCAAUUUUGUUUAAUUUUCUACUCCAGUCCACCAACUAUGCAUGUUCUGUCACAUGACAAGGACCAACCAGAAAGGAUGAAAAGUAAAAGAUGAAUAACAAACGCUUCCUCAGAGAAGUUUUUCGAACAUUGGCUUGUGCAUCACAGUGCAGCCCUAUAACACGAUCAAAAGAAAAUGCUAACUGACCUCUUACACGAUCUCGCAGACGCCCACGAUUUGUUGCUCUGAUUGACAUGGGAGAGAAAAAUGCUAUCCCAUAAUGCUAUCCCUCCCACCAGAAGAGCACAGUCAAUUUUUCUCUCUCACUGUGGCAUUGUCGUGAAUUCAAACCCUGUAAUCUCCUGAUGAUCAGAGCCACUCGAGAGCUAUAAAAACUCAAAAACGGUAAGAAAGGUUGGAAAUUGUUACCUGGUGUUGUCCAUACAUCGAGUCGAUACUGCAAAAUGCCUUAAACACAAGUUUGAGUUACUUUUUUUUCUGCUAGGUAAAAAAAAAAUCUGAUGCAAGAGAAAAAGAAAGCAAAAAAAAUAAUAAUAAUAAAUUAAAGUAUCCAGAUUUAACUUGCAAUAUCUGUAGCAAGGAAUUUGAACAGGAAGAAGACAUUUUUUAUGCUGUCUUAAGUCUCAACUCUCUGUAAUUAUUGUAUGAAGCUAAGAGUUUUUCUUUUUUUUUUUUUUUUUUUUUUUAUAAAUGGCACUUUUGCAAUCAUUUUUCACAGCCACAUGAUUUGACUUGCAGAUGUGCCCAUGAGGUUUUAAAAGGCUGUGUAAACACGUUUAGCAUCUCCUCGCUGCCACUUCAUAUUUUUGUACUCGGACGUAUGACCUUUGUUUAAUGUGCCUAGGAUGCUGACGAAAAUGUCACAGGUUUUGUUGAUGUGAUGACUUCAAUUCCACUAAUGAUUUGGAAAGAGAAAAUACUUUUACUGCAUAAAAGUCAUAGGGUGUGGUUCCAUUAAAAUAUAGGAAAUACAAACGUAUGGUAUAUAUUGUAUAUAAACACACAAUGCUGUACAACAUGCAUCAAUGUGAAAUUAACCAAAUGGAGCAUGGUGCAUAAAACUACAUUCAGAUUUUAUGAUUGAUGAUGGAAGAGGACACACAGGUUGUUCCAUGUUUAGAAUGGAGAAGUGUGAAUUUUGAAAAGAUUUUAAGUUGAUUCUAAAUCCUACAAUCCUCUCUGGGUCACACAAAUUAUAGUUAGCUAGAAACUGGACAAGUAUAAAAAUAGUUAGCUAGAUACAUGGACAAGUAUAAAUAUAACCAACUUUAAAAGUGGAUGAUGGCUGAAAUUGGUGAUGUGUUAUUAUUGUGCUUUAGUCCUGCACAUGAUACUGUGACUGUAAAAACAUUUUUAUGCCUGGAUAUUUGCACACGGUCACUGUUUGUCAGUUCUGCAAAGAACUUUUUUAAUGCCAACAUCUAAACUCCGAUAUAUACUGCAAUUAUUACUAGGGAUGGAAAUUGCUAGGACCAGCCGAUACAAUAUAAUAACAACACCUACAGUAUGUGCCGAAUUAAGAUUUAUAAAUAACCCGAUUCAAUAUUACAGUUUUACUGUUUUUAUUGCAAUUUUCAAACCUUGUAAAGUCAUACCUCUAGAGAAAAAUAACACCUUUGCUUGAUCUGAACUGCUAGGAAUCUUGUUCUUGUCACUCCUCUCCAACGUUUUUGUUAGCUGCUAGCAACAGGUUUAGCUUCCACUUAGGAUGGUGUCAAGCAACGUGAACCUGUAUGUUAGUCGCAUUACCACAACUUUACUUCAGCAUGACACCGUUUGCAUACUUCAAAAAACAAAUGUUAAUUCAUACAUAAACUAGUGUCUCUGGUGUCAUCUGCAAUGAUUAUUUCCCAAAACACAAUUUUUUUUAAACGCCUAGUAAUUUCUUUAACAAAAAUAAUGACAGAAAAUAUUCGUUGAUGACCUUUUUUUCCCUGUGACUAAGACAAGACGAUGACGAGACGUCACGGAUAUCAUUGAACAGUGACAGUGACGAAACCGGCAUGCAAUGUUGUUGAAGGAAAAAGAUGUGACUAAAAUGUGGGUUAAAAAAAAAAAACUAAUAA